ACUAGCUCCUGUCACGUAAAUAAUGGUAUACCAACCAUGAUAUUGCCUUUGCAGAAGCAGAACUACAAAUGCCAUUGAGUUCAUCAUUAGCAUUUCAUUCCUUCUUGAUCGGUUCUUAGUCCUGAAAGCACAAUAAUGAAGCUGCAGCGGCAUCUUUCCAAUAAGGGGAAGCUGUCGAGCGCCGAUAGGGACCUGCUCAUCUUCAUGCCAAGGAAGAAGCUGUCUAUGCUCAGCGUCGGUUCAGCUGCCCUGGAGAAGUGCAGGGAGUUCUGGCGAGGCCUCACCAGUGGUGGCUUCGCCGUGGUGCGUCGUCGACACGCCGAUGACUACUUCAGGGGGAGCUACGAGUUCUCGUGCACGGCAACGCCGAUCAAUUUACCUGCAAAGACGACUACGAAUGGCCGUGGACGGCGGCGGCGUCUGCCACCCUGCGUCGGCGGCAAGCAAGCGCAGGAGAUGCUGGAGCGCAUGGCGCCAGGGAGAGGAUGGUCGCCCGAGCGCUCUCCAGGACCCGGAGCUGGGAACGAGAUCGACGGCCUGGCCGAGGAGUUCAUCAGGAGGUUCUACGAGCAGCUGAGGAUGCAGAGGGUGGACGAGCUCCAGGUGGAGCACGAGACAAGGGCUCGGAGAGCCUCACCUGGCUCUCUCUGUUCCAGUGAUGUAAACGGCCUAUAUACGUAAUAUUUCAGCGUUUCUUUUUUUCUUAGAAAUACUAUUUCAGAGUUUCAUUAUGUAAGGAGUGUGUUUAUGUCGUUUUGUAUGAUGGAGACAUGGAGUGUCAGGUCUUCGACGUCAUUUCAUUUAGUUUCUGUUUGUAUGAGGAUAGUGGUGGUUUAUUUGCUGCUUGCUUUGACCAACCAAGGGCUCGCUAGUU